AGGUUAUGGGAAUGGGGCAGUUUUGGGGACAUGGGAAGGUUUCUAGGACUGGGGCAGUUUUGGGGACAUGCAGGUUAUGGGAAUGGGGUAGUUUUGGGGACAUGGGAAGGUUUUUAGGACUGGGGCAGUUUUGGGGACAUGCAGGUUAUAGGAAUGGGGGAGCUCUGGGGACAUGGGAAGGUUUCUAGGAACGGGGCAGUUUUGGGGACACAGAGCUGAGUUUUGGGGCCCUGGGCAGCCCUGUGGGGGCAGGAAUUGGGGUGAUGUGUGGCUGUGCCCCCAGGAUGAAGGAGUGGUGGCUGCAGGUGGGGCUGCUGGGCGUGCCCCUCCUGGCCGUGUACCUGCACAUCCCAACCCCGCAGCUCUCCCCAGCCCUGCGCUCCUGGAAAUCCUCUGGCAGCUUCUUCACCUACAAGGACCUCAACAUCUUCUACAGAGACUCCAGCGGUGCCGUGGGCAGCUCUGAUGUCGUGGUGCUCCUGCACGGUUUCCCAACAUCCAGCUAUGACUGGAGCAAGAUCUGGGAAGGGCUGACCCAGCGCUUUCACCGGGUGAUUGCCCUGGAUUUCCUGGGAUUUGGAUUCAGUGACAAGCCUAGGCCCCAUGGCUACUCCAUCUUCGAGCAGGCCACCAUCGUGGAGGGGCUGCUGCGACACCUCGGGCUGCGGCACCAGAGGAUCAACCUGCUGUCCCAUGACUACGGGGACACGGUGGCCCAGGAGCUGCUGCACAGGUAUGAGCACAAUCAAACUGGGAGCAUCCUGAUCAACAGCCUCUGUUUGUCCAAUGGAGGGAUUUUUCCAGAAACUCACUACCCCCACUUCACCCAGACGCUCCUCAAGGAUGGGGGGUUGCUGUCCCCCAUCAUCCUGCGCCUCAUCAACUUCUUUUUCUUCUCUGGAGGGCUUGGGGCAGUUUUUGGGCCCUACACACAGCCCUCCCAGGCAGAAUUUUGGGAUAUGUGGACAGCAGUGAGGAAUAACGACGGGAAUCUCGUUAUGGACAGUGUUUUGCAGUACAUAAACCAGAGAAAGAAGCACAGAGAGCGCUGGGUUGGGGCUUUGAUGUCUACCUCAGUCCCAUUGCAUCUCAUCUAUGGGCCCCUGGACCCUGUGAAUCCACACCCAGAGUUCCUCCAGCUUUACAGGAAGGUGCUUCCCAUGUCCACAGUGUCUGUGCUGGAUGAUCACAUCAGCCACUAUCCCCAGCUGGAGGAUCCCACAGGAUUUCUGAAUGCCUACCUGAACUUCAUCAACUCCUUCUGAGCUGCUACAGCUCAGUUCUCACUCUUUUCUUUCAGAGUCAGGCUUUAGGGGCAGGAAAAAACCAUGGAUUUUUCUCUUCACACCCUCAUCCUGGGCUGCCAAACUGAGUGAAAUCCUUGGAGAACUGGAAAAAUGAGGGGAAAAGCAGGAUACUGGCAGCUCUUCCAGCCCUGCACUCCCCUUCUUGCUCAGUUUAACUCUUUAAAUAGAGAGGCAGAGGUUUAAAUUAACAUUAAAUCAGAAUUUCUUACUUCCUUCAUCACCCUGAAUUGGGAAGAAUCAACCAGAAGUUCCCUUAUAAAAUCCCUCCAUCCCCCUCUCUUCCCAGUUUUCCAUAUGGGAUUUUUCCCCAAUUUAACCCAGGAAAAGGCUGCCCUGAGCUUUGGUUAUUAUUACCUGACAUAAAGUUCAGAGAAUUGAAUCUGCCUCAAGAGAUGGAGUUUAAUCUCUCUCUGUAAAUUGAUUUUUCUGUGUGGAAGAAGAGACAGUCACAAAAAUGUUGCAAAUUUGGAGGUUUGAGGUGAUUUUUAAUUGUUUAUGUUGGGAAUUUAAUAGCAUCCCUUUAGCAAUAAGGGAUUUUUGCUUAAUAAACAGCCAUUAUGGGCUAUUUUUUCUGUACUGGAGCAGACAGAAUUAGAACAAAAAAAAAUUUCUAUUUUAUUAACAGUGAUUCAUAUGAAUUCCACCACUUGAACCAGUGUUUAUUUUCUGUUAAUAAAAAGCAAUUUUGACAAAAAUGUGAUUCUGUUUUCUCCUAUCUUUUAUCUUCCCUGCUUGAGAUAAGUUAGGUAGGAACAAUGAGGGAAAGGACAUGGGAAUGGCUCAGCCACUAAUGGAACAUCAUACAAAAGAUUUUUUUCUUCCCAAAUUGAGGAAUAAAAACUACAUGCAUAAGGACAGCAGAAAAAAAAAAAAAAAAAAAAAAAA